CAUUUCCAAAUGUCCUUUCAAUGCUUCUCUUUUAUACAUCCAUGAUAGAUUAUCAUGGCUCAUACAAAGCAGACAUCCACUCCACUAAAUCCCUAAUAAUGAAUAUCCAAUCUAUCGAAACAGACAAGAUCCUUAAUUUUAUCAUCAAGGUCCCAUUAAUAUCAGUACAUAAAUGGUACAUAGGUAUAGAUGAUCUGAGGUGCAUGUGCAUAAAAGGGAUGAGGUGCAUAUAUGCAUUUUCGAAUUUCGCGAGUUUUAUUCCACGAUAAUCUCCGCACUACAAAUCGGUCUCAUGUGGGUUAAGCAGCGAAUCGUCUAACCUAGCCUAGCGCUUACUGGGGACACUCAUCCAAUUUACCGUUUUCAUUUAUUUAAUUUAGCAUACGACAGUGUUGUCACGACAGCGUUUGGCGUCGCGUGUUGCAUUUUAAUGUUUCGUACUAACGCGACGGUCCAGGUGCCUCAUGAUUACCUAAGGUUACCUAGGUACCCACAUAGUAAUGGAAGAUGACUAAUCUCAUCAAUAUGACGGUCCUCUCUCCACUCGAUAAACUGAUGCCUCGAGGCUAUAUCCGUCAAAUGCUCAGCUUCCCCACAACGCACUCAAACAUAUCCCAUGUUCUCAAAGCGGGUUUAGCUAAACUCGUCGCUGAUAUUCCGUAUCUUCUCUCCGCAGUUGUCAUCAAUGAAGAGAAUCACCACUACAUCUUACUAGCCGAACCAUAUCAAACCGUGGAUGAUCUCUACUCAGAGCAAGAUUGUUCAGAUACAGUCAACUAUACCGUCAUGAGAGAGGAGCAUUUUCCACCAUCCAUGUUCUCUGGGCCAGGAAUGACACCUCCCGAAACCCAGCCUCCAUUUUCGAACCCAACGCCCGUCUUUCGGGCCAGGGUGUCGUUCGUUCAGGGGGGGAUAGUUCUUUGCGUAGCCGUCCACCACUGCACCACCGAUAUCACCGGAUUUGGGGUCAUUCUUAAGACGUGGGCUUCGCACUGUCAAACAAACGGUUCUACAACAACAAUUUUUGAUCCUAUGUGGAUGGAUCACAGUAUUUUACUCAAACAUUAUGACAUGAACAUGAGGAAGGUGCCUAGCGGUAUUCCUAAGCUCCUUCACAUCCGAGGGCCUGACGAUCACGCUCGUCUUGCUAACUCACGAUUAUAUCCUGAUGGUUUCACUACUGACAUUUUGUUCUUUCCUCAGAAGACCCUACAGACCUUAAAACACGCGGUGAAUGAGCAUAUCACUUCGCAGGGGGUCACGGGUUGGGUCUCUACAGGUGAUAUUAUUACGGCCUUGCUAUGGAGCGCAAUACUCGUAGCUGAACACGAGUGGCCAGCAUCUGAAGAAACACCAAGAACACAAGAAGAAAAGAGCAGCACAAUAGGAUUUCCAGUGAAUAUCCGUUUGCGGGCGAAUGCACCAUUGCCCUCUGACUAUAUUGGUGCUGCCUUUGUUAUGGCAGCUGCUAUGUCUGCAAGGGAUGACCUUAUAUCCUUCGCCAUGCCGGGAAGUCCUUUAGGCGACGAUGAACUCAUAGGCUCUAACUCCAUCGGGAAACUAGCCAAGAUCGCCUCUACAAUACGUAUUUCUCUUCGCCAAGUCGACGAGAAAAGUAUCCAAGAUGCUUUAGAGUAUUUAAAUGCAGCCCCUGACGACCAUCCUCCAAUCACGCUAGGACCCCGUCAUGAUAGUAUAUCCAUCGUUUCUUGGGCAGACCAGGCUGCUUAUGAGAUUGAUUGGGGCGAAGCUAUUGGGAAAUGCGAUGCCGUCAGGCUUCCGAAGUUGAGGGGCAAGCGGUACCCUAUCAUCCUCCCCAGAUCUCCAGCUGGCAUCAACGAUGGUGAGGAAGGCUUAGAAGUGAUUGUCAGCUUGGAGAAGCAAGCUUUAGAGAAAUUUGAACAGAGUUGGCCGAUCAGACGGUUCGCUAUCGUUCGGUGUUCUUCGUGACGGCUAGAGGGGUUAGGGAACUUGAUCAAUCGAAAAAUAUCGAAUGUAUUGAAUGAAACCUGGUGAGAAUAUGACUUUCCCCGCCCAUGAUGGCUCACUCCCCAAGCAUAUAACCAUCACCUUGUUAGCUACUAGGUAACUUUCACAGUAAGUACCUUAUACGCGGGGUCCCUCUCCAAGGUCACAGUGUUGUUAGCUCACAGCAACACAUCCUAUUUACUCCACAAGUCUACCUUACGACGUAUCAUGUAGUAUCACAAGAAAUUUGUUUGGUACCUAUCUACCUAGGUAACUUUCAAGCUCCUGUGAAUGGGCAUUGGGGAGUUUAUGAGGCCCUUCACAGAUACCAUGGUAGGGGCUAUUAGAGCUAAUUGGGCUGACCUGUGAGUUUAAUCACAUCCAGGGUAAUCGAGAAGUCAAAAGAUGGAAAGGAGAGUGCAGUGAGUUCAACGGCUGUAGCAUUGGCCAGAUCUACCCUAUUCAGGGGCGAGUGCAGAUAGGUAUUUAGUAUCAACAUAUCAAUGGGACACCCGUUCCUUCCCUCAAAACAUCCGGACUGCUUGUCAUGAGAUCACAUUAACACGUAUGGAAAUAGCAUUGUUCUUAUAGGCAACCGCUACGCAAAAGAAAUCCCCUGCCUGUCUACCCUAGGUAUAUACCAUGUACAUACAUAAUCCAUAGCAGUAGUACCUAGUACUGUUAAUUACAU